UCCAAUACGCAUGUGCGUUCUUGGUUUACGCGCCUGCUCCAAAGUACGAAGAGUUUGAUCUCGGAAAAGAUGUCUACAUUCAGAUAGCGAUUCUUAAAAAGACAACCCAGAUUGGCGUGAAACUAGUGUUAUGGGGGCCAUAUUCUCUCGAUGGAGGAAAAAAGAAUCUGCCAAGGAAAUAUUGGAAGCGAUUGAGCAGGACAUAGAAUAUGUUGAGACAAGACAGCACAUCAAUGAGCAGCUUCGCAAGAGAUACAUUGGUUUACUUCUUGUUUACUCUGUCAUCAUCUAUGUUGUGGCUGCCCUUGUUUUCUACUUCAAAUAUUUUCCUUCUACUUGGAAGGACAGAGUCAUUCGCACAUUACCACUCCUAGUCUUUCCACUAGUUGUUUAUGGUGUCAAAAGACUUUUGCAUUAUAUGUUUGUCAGCAGAAUGGCCAAAUAUGCUCUAAAAUUGGAAGAAUUAAAAGAAAAAAAGAAAAAAGUGCUUCAAGAAGUUAUGGAAAAAGAAACAUAUAAAACUGCGAAGGAGAUAUUGGAUAAAUAUGACCCCAAGUCUGAAAUAUUUAAGGAUGAGAAAAGAGAGGCUGAUUCCGGUGUUCAAAGCCAGCCUCAGAGUCCAGUUGGGAUGGAACUGAGACAGCGUAAGAACAUUGCUGCAGGACCUGAAAGUCCAUGUGGCCCCUUGCCACGCACACCAUCUGGUGUAUCAGAAAAACCUGUGCAGGCCAUUCCACUAGAUAGGGCCUCCCCCAGGCCCACUCCAUCUAACAGCCCAGCUCCUCCAGGCAUGGCCAACAGAAUGACACAAGACUAUCGGCCCCCUCCUGGACCUCCAAAACCAACCUUUCCUGUGCCCCCAAGAGACAGAUCAAGUUUAGACAAGGUUGUUGAAUAUUUGAUUGGAGAUGGGCCAAGCAACCGGUAUGCCCUCAUUUGCCAAAAGUGUUGGUCACAUAAUGGCAUGGCUUUGAAGGAAGAAUUUGAAUAUAUAGCAUUCAGAUGCUGUUACUGCUAUCACCCAAAUCCUGCGAGAAGGCAGAGACCAACAGCCCCCAAGCUAGAAGAUGACAUCAUGACACCAGGCAGGGCACGUAAACACCCCCCAGCCAGCCCCAAGGGUACUAGCAAACAAAAUCUUCCAAAGUCGACAGAAGAUGUCCAGGAACUAAUGAGGAGCUUCCAUAAGGUCCCAGAUAUCGACAAAGCGAAGAACGAUCUUAAUGGUGAUAGGGAUGAAGUCACAAAAAGCUUUAAUAAAAUAGAUGAAGAGCCAGUCAAGGAAGCAAAGAGUGGACCACUUCUCAAGGCAAAGCAUCCCGGACAAUAAAAUUGUGCAGGACAUUGAUAAAUAUUGUUAGGUCAUUUUUGACUAAAAAAAAUCAGAGCUAUAUUAUGAAACCUUCAUUUCGUUUAAUACGAUUCAAACAGAAACAUGAAUUAAGACCAUGUUACAAGAGUCAUUUUAUUCUGGAACAUGAAAAUCAAUUUUUGUUGCGUUAAACCACUGAAGUUGCAAACCACUAAAAUUAUUGUCUAAAUACGGGCGCAUUGCGAGUUGCAAAAAUAAAAAAAUUGCGAGCGUGUAUAAUUAUCCCUCUUCAACCUGCAAAAUGUUUUAUUCGUCAUAGACGCUGCGCAAGUUGCAGAAACAAAAGUCUCGUUUACCAUGGCAUUCAGUAUUUAAUUAUAUAGGACAGCGUUUUAUGGUCAGACAUUUGAGGCCAGUUAGUGUCCAUAAGAUCACACCCCGCUUCUUAGCUAUUGUUUCUGGUUGCACAGUUUGAUUGUUAUUUAUUGAAAAUAAAAAAGUGUAUAUCAGUC